AUGUCCUCAACAUUCAUCGUCGUCGGUGGCGGAAUAGCUGGGUUGGCCUCAGCUAUCGCACUCAGAGCUCCAAAAAGGAGAAUCGUAGUCUUGGAACAGUCGUCCUUGAAUCGCGAAGUCGGCGCAACGCUAUCGCUCCAACCGAAUGCGACCAAAAUCGUCGAAAAGCAAUGGGGCAUGGGUGAUGCUCUGAAGCGAGUAGGCGCAAUGCGGGAUGAAGGCUUCAACAUGUAUUCGAUUGAUGGCAAGCUUCAACGAAGCAUUCCACUGGUAUCCAAGACCGAAUACGGCGCGGAUCGAAUGGUGUAUCAUCGCAGGGAUAUCCACGACACUUUGAAAGAAUUUGCCACACAAGUAGACGGCUUCGGUGAGCCCGCCGAGAUCCGAACCUCUUCAUGCGUGGUUGCUUGCGAUCUGGAUGAGGGGAUCGUUACCCUGAAAGAUGGUAGCGUGAUUAAGGGCGAUGUAAUCAUCGGAGCAGACGGUAUCAAAUCAACGUUGCGGAAAGACGUAUUAGGAUACGAAGUCCAAGCAGAACCCACGGGAUUUUCAGCAUACCGCCUGGUGCUUCCGUCGUCAGACCUGGAACAAAACAAGGAUUUCCGCGAUGUCAUUGAUCCACGAAGCUCGUUUACGUCCAUGGUCAUGGGGCAUGAUAGGCGCAUGAUAAUGGGGCCAGCGCGAGAUGGAAACUUGUUCUCCGUUGUCGCGCUCGUGCCGGAUCAAAGAGCAGAGGUAGAGGCAGGCAAUAGCUGGACGUCCAGAGGCGAUCUUGAGACACUCUUGAAUGAGUACAAGGACUUUCCAGCUUGGGCGACAGCACCGUUCAGACUUGCAAAGGACGAGAUUGGCCUGUGGCAGCUGCGUGAUACAGAGCCAUUGGAGACGUGGCACCGAGGUCGGGUUAUCCUUAUCGGAGAUGCGGCUCACGCGAUGCUUCCCACACAAGGCCAGGGCGCCAGCCAGGCCAUCGAAGACGCAGAAGCACUUGGUGCAUUCUUUUCCGACUUGAAAGGAGACAUUCAGCUCGAGGAGGUGCAAAGUCGAUUUAAGAAGAUCUUUGAAGCCAGAUUUGAGAGGGCCACCAUGAUUCAGAGGUACUCGCGAGAGGCUGCCCGCCCAGCGACAGACAAGGGCGAUACAAAAAUCAAAAUGAAUCCAGCUGAGUUCAUGGACUACAACUGCUUGUACAACGGAGCGAAGGACUGGGCACACAGGAGGGUUGGGACUGAAAGCUUGGAGAAGGAACUGCAAGCGCUAGCUGUGUAG